GCAGCCACCUCAUGUUCCUUCGCGGUCUGAGCUCUUUUAGUUCCUCCUUCCAUCCUCGAGGACCUCCUGCUCUCUGUUGCACCAACAUCAGGAGCAGUGCUGCCUUUUCCUCCUCCAACCCGCCACGAUUCAUUCGUGCUUCUCCUCCAUGGUGGCCUGUACAGGGGCUUCCAGCCUGGCCGCCUCCGCUCAGCCACCCUCACCCGUCUGCGCAUCAGUUCCUCACUGGCAGGACGUUCCAGGCCCUAAACUUGAGCAGCGGUAGCUGGCGUUCACUUCACACCUCUACGGGUCGAAUGAUGGAGCGUCCUGAAAGAGAGCCUCCGAACAAGCGGUGGAGGAGCGAGGAGAAGACGGGAGGACACAUAGGAGCAUCGAGUGAAACAAGAGGCAAGGUUGGAGAGUCCAGGAGGGACUACAGCCUUCAACCAAAGCCCCACUUCAAAAGAGAUCUAGAAAAAACAACCGGCGCAGGUGACAGGUCUGCCAGCAGAGAGAAAGAUGCUGAAAAGACUGAAAGUGAGAAAAAAGGCAGAAGAGAUGAAUCUCCAAAUCAACACUCUCAUCCUGCUGGACCCAGGACUCAAAUCCCCAAAUCCAAACUUGAGCCAGAUCUGGUUCCAGAACAAGAACCAAACCCCUGGUUUAAAGGAAGAGCUGCAGAGGAGCUUGGUGCUCCUCAGAGGAGUAAAACCGGGUCGAGAGAGCAGCUGAAGGGCGGAGGAGGCGAUGAGGCACAGUGGCCCGGGCUUUGGUCGAAGUCUUCCAGCUCCGGUCAAAGCCCAAACUCGAGGCAGGCGACUUGGGCCCCCAGACCGUCUCCUUCACACGAGAUCUCACUUCCUGUCAAACCUCUUCAGAGAUUCUGGGAAAGCUGCAGUACUGAACCGCGGCCACCAGGGGACAGCACACUGUUUGACUUCUCAGUGAUGUCCUACAACAUCUUGUCUCAGGAGCUGCUGCAGGACAAUGCCUACCUGUACGGACACUGUGAGCCCAGCGUGCUGCCCUGGGACUACCGGCUGCCCAACCUGCUGACCGAGAUCCUGCAGCUCAACGCUGACAUCCUGUGUCUUCAGGAAGUGCAGGAGGACCACUAUGAAAACCAGAUUAAACCGGCUCUCCAGGCUCGAGGUUAUCAGUGUGAGUAUAAGAAGCGGACAGGAAAAAAACCAGACGGUUGUGCCGUGGCCUUUAGGACUUCCUGCUUCUCCCUCGUCUCCUCCACUCCUGUCGAGUUCUUCCGGCCCGGCGAUGGCCUUCUGGACCGGGACAACGUGGGCUUGGUGGUUCUGCUGCAGCCCAACAAAGACAGCAGCCAGUCCAACUCCUCCUCGUCCAUCUGCGUUGCCAACACUCACCUCCUCUACAACCCUCGCCGCGGCGAUAUCAAACUGGCCCAGCUGGCGAUCCUAUUGGCUGAAAUCAGCCGACUGUCCCGCCUCCCUGACGGCUCGACCAAUCCAGUUGUGCUCUGUGGGGAUUUGAACUCGGUGCCCUGGAGUCCACUGUACAGGUUCCUGACCACAGGCCGCCUGGAGUACCGAGGAAUGCAGAUCGGCAUGGUGUCGGGUCAAGAAACAAGUCCCAGGGGUCACCGUCCCCUCACAUCUCCAAUCUGGUCCCCCAGUUUAGGAAUCAGUCGCCAGUGUCAGUAUGAGAGCAGACCGCCUGAUGAGUCGUCGUCCUCCAGCCCCACAGGAGGGAUCUCUAAUCUGACUGUGGAAGAUCUUGCCUGCAAAGCUUCGGCUGCUGUUCACAGCUCUAGGAUUGAGCACAGCUUGAAGCUGCAGUCGUCUUACGAACAUCGCCUGAUGCAUGAUGGGCGGCCUGAGAUCACCACGUGUCACUCGCGCACCGCCCUGACGGUGGACUACAUCCUCUACAGCUCCGCUCUCGCCAUGUCGCCUUCACUUCCUGGUGGGCGUGGCCUCCAACUGCUGGGCAGGCUGUCAUUGGUUGGUCAGUCUGAGCUGGAGGAAGUCAACAACCUGCCCAAUCAGCACCACUCAUCGGACCAUCUUCCUCUCCUCACCAGCUUCCGCCUUCGCUUCUGA